GAUGCUGCCUGUUGUUUACAUGGACUGUGACUCUGUUUCUCCCCCUCUCACUGGUGCCUUCAUGUUCACCGACUACCACAAAGAAGAUCCUGCCACAGCAGGAAACUAGGACCCUAGCAGCCAGCGACAUCCCUUCCAGAUGAGUAGAAACUUCUUUCAGGUCAUUAUUAGCCACGGAUCGCAGUGAAAGAAAUAAACCAGAACACCGUUCUUCAAGUCAAGGACCCUUGUCAUCCAUUAGAGCUGUAAUCAAGAGAACACUCAUGAAUAGUGCACAGAAAAAAUGCCCCGUGGAAGAGCUUCUAGGACUUCUGUUCAUGGUGAUCCACAUCGAGAUAGGAGGCGCCCUGAGAUCACCAUUGUGGCCGCUGAGCCCCUCAGACCAGCUUCUUGGUUCCCAGGGGCCUCUCCGGCGUUAGGAUUCCCACCUUCUCCUGCUGCGAGUCCAUGGCGAACGAGUGAGCUUAUCCCUUCUGAGCUUCCACCAUCUUAUGAGCAAGUGAUAAAAGAAAUCAACCAAGUCCAAGUCAGUACCGGGAGUAAUAGCAAUGCCCCCACGACGCCAAGGCAAACCAUCACAUCUGCAACUCAGACAGACUUUCCAGAGGAGAUAGACAACUCCCUGUCUGGAAGUAAUGCAAAUAAGCCACCUGCCCCUGGAAAAUCCAGUCCUGCUCUAGCAGUUCAGCCACCUCCCAAGCCUUUACAGCCGUCUUCGCUGUCCUCAGCCGGUAAUGUUUUGAAAGAUGUGGCUCCUCUAAUUGUCUUUGAUGCCGUUGAGGAACAGACUUGCCAAGACAACCCCAAUGUUGGGGCAUGUCCAGUGCCCAAGCCAAGAUCAAAAAUCAAUCUCAAACCUAUAGUCAGAGAUACUCCAAGCAACAUAAAAGACCAACAGGAAACUAGUCAACCAGCUGUAAAACGGGAAGCAUCACCAAGUCAGUCCCUGUCCUUGUUAGAUGGGAGCAGCUUAGAAAGUCAAGCAGUGAUAAACAGCAUGAGCACAGAAAGAAACCAAGCUAGUAUGGUUUCACGGAUCAAAGCUUUUGAGUCCCAACCAAAUGCUGAAACCUCAGGAUUAUCUAAGAAACCAGAAAUUGCUCCCCGGACAUUUCCCCCAAGGCCUGCUGUUCCUAUAGGAAAACCUACAGUGGCCCCAAAGCCAUCCAUUCAUAGAGCUUCUGGAGAGUGGGACUCAUCGACUGAAAACAAACUCAAGACUGCCUCCAAGGAAGGGCCCUCUCCACACUUGCACCCUCAAGAAGUGGGAGGCAUCCCAGUAACCAAACCUGAAUUGCCAAAGAAACCAAAGGCUGGCCUUGUACAGAGUAUUAGCAAUGGCCCAUUAGACAUUCUAGGAAGCAAGUUAUCAGUAGAGAUCCCUGAGAAGGAGAAGAGAAUUCCAACUCCGGCCCCACGGCCUUUACCACCGAAGAAAUUACCUUCCUUAGAAGACCCUGCCUUUCCUGCACCUGCAUUGAAACCUGUCAGUGCUUCUCCUAGGCUGUCUGUGGCAGCACAAACCAGAGCUUUCCGGUCCCUGGGAGAAGGGCCAACAGUAAGCCCACCUCCCCCUUCGUCUCAGUGCCCACCAGUGGUAGAAGCCGAUCUCAUCAGUUUUGAUGAUGAUGUUCUGCCUGCUCCAUCAGCUAACCUGGCUGAAGAACACAUGGGUUCAGAGAUGGACCUGGAUCCCUUUCAGCUCCCCACAAAAGCCGAACCGCCAAAGGAACGAGUUGUCCAACCAGCGCCCACGCGAAAGCCCACUGUGAUUCGGAUCCCAGCCAAACCAGGGAAAUUGUUGCAAGAUGACCCACAGACCCCACCCCCUCUACCUGCUGAAAAGCCCAUUGGAAACACUUCUGGCACAAGUUCUGGAAAACUCAAUAAUGUUGAAAGAACCAGAUGCUUGGAUUCUGAGCCCUCACUUCAAACAGGAAGUUCUUCUAAAGGACCUGUACUGCCCCCAAGACCCAUAGAUGGAAAAGUCAUACCAGCUCGACCUCCUCCACCAAAGGGGGCCCCUGGGAGGCCACCUCCACCCAAACUCUCUAGAUCCAAGGCAUCAUCUCAGAAACAAGUUGUUUGUCGCUCUCCAUCAGAUGUGGAUCUCCAGAAUAAACAAAGUGCCUUAACAAUGGGACUCACAAGAGCCAAGAGCCAGAUCUUACGGAAACAAGAACCUGUGUUGCCUCCUCGACCCAAACCAGGCCAUCCCCUCUACAGGAAAUACAUGCUGCCUGUGCCUCAUGGAGUUGCCAAUGAAGACACUGUCUCUCAAAACCCUGGAGAGCUCUCUUGUAAGCGUGGAGAGGUGCUGGUGCUGCUGAACCAGACUGAAGACAGUUAUUUGCAAUGCCAAAAGGGAGAAGAAAUGGGCAGAGUUCACCUGUCACAGAUAAAGAUUAUCACCCCACUUGAUGAGCCUCUUAAAAGCAGAUCAAAAGAUACAGCUAAUGCACGGAAGUCUGUCGACAGCAACGUCCCUCAUGCACUUGUGCUACACGAUUUUCCAGCAGAGCAAGCUGAUGACUUGAACCUAACUUCUGGAGAGACUGUUUAUCUUCUGGAAAAAAUAGAUAGUGAUUGGUACCGGGGAAAAUGUAGAAACCAGACCGGCAUAUUUCCUGCUAACUAUGUCAAAGUAAUUAUUGAUGUUCCUGAAGGAGGUAAUGGGAAAAAGGGAUCCAUUUCAUCCCACUGUGUUACAGGUCCCAGAUGCGUGGCUCGGUUUGAAUACAUAGGAGACCAAAAAGAUGAGUUAAGUUUCUCAGAAGGAGAGACGAUUCUUCUUAAAGAGUAUAUCAAUGAUGAAUGGGCCCGAGGAGAACGGAAUGGCAAAACAGGGAUUUUCCCACUUAACUUUGUUGAAAUCAUUGAGGAUCUCUCUGACCAGAGCACCAACGUAGCUGCAGUUUCAAGUAAAAGAACUCCACUGAAUACAAGGAGAAAUGCUUCUGGUUCACACUCACAGAAGGAUCGUCGUUCUGGAGAAUGGUGUGAAGCCCUCCAUGAUUUUACAGCAGAAACUAAUGAAGACUUGCCCUUUAAAAAGGGAGACCGUAUCCUAAUCAUUGAGCAUCUGGACUCUGAUUGGUACAGGGGCAGAUUGAACAACAUUGAAGGAAUCUUCCCAGCAGUAUUUGUUCAGCCCUGCCUUGGUUCCAUAGCUGAGGCAAAGUUGGUAUCUGCUUCAGGACGGAAGAAAGAAAAGGCCAAGGCUUUAUAUGAUUUCCAUGGAGAGAACGAGGAUGAGCUUUCCUUCAAGGCUGGUGAUAUAAUAACAGAGCUGGAAUCUGUAGAUGAAGACUGGAUGAGUGGAGAACGAGCAGGAAAAUCUGGAAUUUUUCCCAAAAACUUCGUUCAGGUUCUACAAGCAUCCUAAGAGUGAACCUUGUUUGUGCAAUGGGAAGAAGCAUGUGACUCAGCCAGCACAAAAUGUUCUUUGCCUUUGGUAUCACUUGAACUAUUACUUUGACUAUCAAAUAUAUGUUUUUGCACUAUUAUUUUUUACUAUAAGCAAAAUGUAUAACAUGGUACCCUAGAAUUUCCUGAAAGUGAAAAAGUUCUGGGUUUUGUUUUACAUUUUCAUUCAUUAUAGAAGCAUAUACAUUUUAAUCCACACACUGUGGAUGCUCUCAAAGAACCCAGGCAGAAUUAGCAGGGUCAUUUCUAGUCUCCAGCAGGGAAAAUUGACAGAGUGGGAAAGGCUCUCAAGCAGACCACUGCUUGCAUAGUUGGGACGUUAACAGUACAAGCAAAUUAACCUUGCUUAUUAAUUUUUUCCUUUAAAAAGACAUUUAUGCUUUCUACAUAUCUUAACUAUCAUGAUAUGAUUGGUAACAAACUACAUUUUUGAUAUUCAGGUGUAAUUAUAACAGCUUGGGUACAUAGCCUUUAUUUUAAGUGCAAGUCCCUGCUUUAUGACGGGCAGGCUCAUGAAAACUUUCCCAUCACAAGGUGUAAUAAUGCCCUGUAAUGGCUCCUUUCAAAGGCUGCAGCCUCUAACCGGGAUUGGGAGGGAAGAAAGAAAGAAUGGUACAUUUUAAUCCUUGUAACUUCUUGUGAAACCUCCAACCAACCUUGAAAUAUGCCUCACUAAAGCCCCCAACACUUAGCUGCCUGCCAUAGCUCUUUCUGCCCCCUCAACAUAUGCUUUACUUUAUUAGGGCUAUCACCUACCACAGUUCCUGCAUCUGAGAACACUCCUGUGACAAUUACUGGUAUCCAGAGAAAAAUUCAUUUUCUUCGAAUUACCUCAGUAAUAUAUAAGCUGUGGCUGCUUCUGUUGCUGCGUAAUGAAUCAUAUGCAGAAGUCUUGGACUGCAGAGCAACUGUCAAAACAGCAAGCAGAUCCCCAAAGCAGAUUUUUUCACAGAGGUGACGUAAAUCAGCCCUGUAGAUAGUUUCACCCCGGUACUUUUUUGUUUAUCUUUUCCCUCCUUAUCCUUGUAUGGAGAUUAAAAUAAGUAAAGCCACUGUGCCACUAGCAGUCAUGAUGGAUUCUAAGCACCUGGUCAAAGCAGUUAAUUUAUAAGACGAAAUCAAUUAUAAUUUAUGAGCCUAAACCAAGGAAGUUGAAGACAAUCUUCCAAACACAUUGGCAGAAGAGAAAUAUGUUUAGAAAUAUAAAACUUUCCAAAGUAUGUUGGAAGGGUUGAAUUUGGCUGGAAAAAAAUUAUAUAAAUCUGAUGCCAUGUGCCAAGUCCCCUUUAGCUUUUAUAGCCUUCCAUCAAAAACAACAAAAAAUCAGUCAGUCAAUAGUCCAUUAUGUGCCCAACACUGUAUGUGCAAUCCUCAACUUACUAAUAGUUUAGAAAUAAUUUUUUUGUUGUUCUUGUGCUUUGUGGUAGGGACUAUCUAGCCACGUUCUGGUAGGUGGGGUAUUAGGAGUGAUGGGAGCUCUGGUGAAGAUUUAAGAGACCCAGAGUUAAGCAGCUGAAGGGUCUGGAUCUCCUGCGGGUUAUAUUUAACACUUGGCGUGUUUUACCAACAAAACUUCUUUUGCCUGGAAUUUCCUUUUAAGUAUUUUUAAAUUAAGAUUCUCUGUAAUUUGUGUGAAAAUCCACCUUUGGGGGCGAAAUCCCUUUUAAAAUUUGGGCUUUCAGAAGGGAGUAAAAAAGAAAAUGUAAUAGCUAUAAACCUAAUUGUAGUAGUAGUAACCUUAACUGAAAAAGCCUUCUGCAAGUCUCUUUGCUCCAAUAACAGUUUUUUUAAAUCUAUGAAUACUUUGAAUUUGUAGAUAACUUUCUUUUCAAGUUAGUUCACAAAGUUCCCUGGAAAACAAUAAAGCUGUCCUUAUUAUCAGAUGCCAGAUCCAGGGAUAGAGCUGCCAUACAUUGUCACCCAUCCUAUCCAUGGGAAGCCAAAAUGUGGCUUGUGGGUUUUCACAGGUCCCACCACCAUGUGGUCUGGCCUUCUAAUUUAAGGCAAAAUUCACCUAGGUUCAAGAUGAUUGCUGUAUGAUAAAGCCAGUAAUGUUCACUGGCUCCACCUCCAUGCUAAAACUGUGGAUCUUAUCAGGCCGCUCAAAAAUUUGGGAGAAAAUUUAGAGGAAGCCUACUUCCUGAUACAGUAUGUUGCCAAUCCGUGCCUUCCUUCAAGAAUUGCUUUUCUUUAAUGGGUGAGAAGCAGUUCAGUGAAGUGUCUCCAGCCAAGGUUACUAAAUAUGACAUUUAGGGAAAUGUUUACAGAGUUGAAUUAUGUGAUGAUAAAAAGACCCUUCUGUACAAUGUUUGGCAUACUGGGCCCAAGUUAAAAAGCUACAUUUUAAAUGGGAAUUUGAGAGGUAGUAAGAUUACUGCUGUACCGUAUGACUUACUCUCUCUUUUAACUCCAAAGUGCAUUUUUCCCUCUAAGAAUUAGAGGCCACCGGUGCAGCUAGAUGGUGCGGUGAGUAGAGCACCGGCCCUGGAGUCAGGAGGACCUGAGUUCAAAUGUGGCCUCACACACUUGACACACUAGCUAUGUGACCUUAGGCAAGUAACUUAACCCCAAUUGCCCCCUUCAAAAACAAAAUAACAACAAAAAGAAUUAGAAGCCGCUAUAAAAAAUGUCCCAUUUUAUGUGGCCCAGUGGGACAAGGUCAUGCCUGAAGGGCUGAACAAGCCCUUCGCUUAAACUCUGUGGAGGAAAGGCAAUGAUUCUGAAAAAUCAGUAGUCAGUACAUUUGCCAAAAGUUAUGGCCAGAAAAGUCAUGGGGGGAAAAGAACUCCCAAAAGGCAUUACAAGCCAGAGACAGAGCCGGGCUGUUAGUAUGUCUUAAUUAACUUUAUUGCCAUAAAGCUUCCUCAAGUUAAGGUGAACUGAUCUUAAGCAAAUGUUGCUGAAUAGAUCAAGUUUUGAAUAUGUUCACUCUGGUAAAUAUUAACACACUUUGUGUCUUCUGUCAAAUCAGCAGGUGCCACAUCAGUUACAUUGAACACCCACCAUUCUAAGUAAACACGGUAGUCCAACUAAGUAUGUCAAAACUAAUAGGAAGUCAGAGAUCCUAACUCAUACUUUUGCACUUGUAGUUGGAAAAAGGAUUGGGUAAAUUGCUAGUUCAGUGCAAUAUUGCCAUCUAAAGACCAUUUGGGAGAUUGCAACACCAUCAGGACCCUUUUAAGCACCCUGAAAUUCUCCUUGAUGCCAAGUAACAAAUAGAAUUGAUCUAUUUUAUUGGGUUAUUAAGAUUGACAUUUUCUUUGCAACGUUUGUAAUCAGCCAGAGUUUCACCAAGAAUAACUCAAGAACCUUGAAUUGUGUCAUUAAAGGAAGAAAGAAGACAAGUUCCAACUCAGGUCCUCAAUCUCAUUUUAGACAAUUUAUAUUAAAGUGUUUGCAGCUACCUAGAAAUUCAGAUAUGUACUCUAAUGCAUUAUUAUAAUAUGGACAGAUUCUCCUUAAUGGGUUAGGUUAUUUGGGUAUCUGGAAAAUCCACCAUUGUAAAGACGUCUGAAGAAUCUUCACAUGACCACAAAGUGUUACAAAGAACUUGUCUCCAAACAAAAGCAACAAACACAAAAGAAUGUUCUUAAUAUUUUGCAAAUUCAUAGAUUAACUCAGGCAUUGUGGUAUUUGUGUAAAUUAAAUACGCAUUUAGCCAAUCAUUGUCUGGAUCAUACAUUCUGAAUUUUUUACAGAAUCCUAAUUGGGCAGAAAGCAUUGUUUACACCUGUUAUCUUCAAGUACUGCACUUUAGGGAGUAUUUCUUUUGGCAUAGUAUUGAAAGAAACUUCACAUGUUAGAGUAACAUUCCAGCUAAAUGUUGAGUUUUAAUAAAGAAAUUAGCCACAAUUUCCGUUCUUCUUUCUCUUUGGGGAAAGAAGCUGAUGAUGAGCCCUUUUGGUAGAAAACUAUCAACAAAUGUACAAAAACUAGCACAUUUCGCACUUUCUUUCCUCUGGCUUCCAUGAAGGAAAUGAACCACAUAUACCCUUUGUUUUUAUUGUACUGUUGCUAAUAAGUUGAUACUGUAAUUCUUAAUUUGAGGUUUUAUAAAAUCAUGCACAUACUUAAAUUUGCCCAUUUACCACCCCAUCUCUGACCUACUCCUUAAAACCGAUAUUAUAUACAGUAAGUGCUGGGACCCAGUCCCUGGCAAUUCUACUGUAAGGCAGCAUUCAGGGAAUGAGAAAUCUCAGAUCCAUCUUGCGUUUGCAAAUUUUCUUGACGUUGACUGGUGGGUAAAAUGUCCGUUGGUUGGGAAUUUUGAGUUUGUUCUGUUCUCUGCACCAACAUUUAAUUUGUUUCCACAAAGUGAAAUAAUCCCUUUCUCACUUUGUUACUGAAGUGUUAGGAUUAAUGAAUCUUUGAUCCUGAGGGGGAAAAAAGGAAGAAUCUCCUUUUGGGGAGAAAUGGUAUUCUCUUUAAUAACAUUUAGAUUUAGAUUUAGAGGACCCUACAGAGGUUAAGAGGCUUAACCAGAUCUUGACAAGUUUUGUUCUUUAUAUUACCUAUCACGUGAUGUGUUAUUGAAAGAUACUACCAUGUAAGUUAAGAAUAAUUUUACUUUUAAAAAACUGGGUGGUUAGAUGCAGAAAUGGAACGGGGAAGGGCAAUAUUGCCUUCCACUUUCUGUAAUAGCUUCAAAGUUUUUUAAAUAACACCAAGAAUGCUUUGACCAUAAUUACUUUACAGGUAACCAUUCUCACAAAAAAAAAGAACAUUUCCCCAUUUUUUACAAUUUUCCAGUUGAGCUUAUCUUGAAUUCAUAUUUUCUUAAUCUUUUAGAAUAAAGGAUUCUUGUUUUCAGA